AUGGACGCGGGCAAGCUGGAGCAGCACGUGGCCAGUGUGCACAGAGGAAUAGUCUUCCUCAAACAGGAGCACGUGACACUGUUGGCUGGUCUGCACGUGGAGAUCACACACCUGAAGAGGCGCUGCCACGAGCUAAGUCGAGAGCUGGACUCCAGGUUCCCUGACAGAAUCACCACAGAGGAGGAGGCCGAGCUAGCAGCGCGCUGCCAGGCGGCACAGCAUCUCCUGGAGGAGCAGCAAUGCAUAAUGGUGGCCGCUCGCGGGGAACUGCACCUUGGACAAGCGCGGGCACUUGAGCUGGGGCGGAGCCUGCGUGAGGAGGAGCGACACUUCUUGGAAGAGCUGAAGCGUCGCAGCCACAAGAUCACGGUGCUGAGUCGAGAGCUGCAGCGCCAGAACGCUGCCACGUCCACCCUGUACCAUCAGCUGCACGCCGCACGCGCCAAACUCGUACAGCAGCAAAGCAGCACAGGGGUUGCCCCUCAGGAGGAGGAAAGAGGAGAGGAAGGGGAUGAGGUGGAGGCUGCAGACUGGCUUCUGACUCCGCCCCCUCCCGCCUCUCCCAGCCACCCUUCAGCCAGGCACAGUAUAAGGGAGGAGCGGGUCCGAGCAUGUGUCCCCCAGGAGAGAGUGACAUCACCUCAGAGGCCACACUCCAUGCCUGACCCUGCCCUCUUUCUAGUGCCCCUCAGAUACCGCCUCCUCCGCUGGAACCGGCCAAUCAGACUGCAGGAGGGGGAGGAUGACUGGGAGGACAUGGACGAGGAUGGGUUGCACGGGAGGGUGGACAUGGGUACUGCAGAGGGAGAGACGGCACUGUGA